UUUUAACCUUAAACUCUCACAAUGCAAAGGCUUAGACAAGUAUAGUUUAUUCACGGCGUACUGCUCUGCGCUUGAGCGAGCUUGAAGUGGCUGUACAAAAUUAAUCAACCUUUUUUCAACCAUGGAACACAGAGGAGAGAAUGGUUUUUUUAAUCUACGGAAAACAUUUUUGCUAUUUAUAAUAACUUUAUUCGUGACGAUCAAUUGUGGAAAUGCUUGUGACACUGAUGGCGAUCUUACGUCUCCUUGUCCUUCGGAUCAGGCUUCACUUUGUAAAAAUGGAAAAUGUGACUCAAGACAACGACUUCCUCACACUCAAGCAUCUUUGGCUGCAGUUAUUUCUGUUUGUUCGAUUCUAAUGCUCUGUUUUUGGGGUCUUCUAUGUUUUGCUUGUUAUAAACAGUGUAAGGAAUGUAAUGGUGGCUAUCCGAGCGAGUUUUCUAGCUCUUCAAUCAAUAGUAUUACACUAGACUUCACAUCGAUUGAUAUCCCUGAUGAUUUCGUUCGUAACGCAAGGAUACCUAGCGUAGAGGAAUACGCCGGUCCCCCACCAUAUCUCUGCUUGUUUAACCCAAUGCGUGACAAAAAUAAUGACUCUUACGAAAGAUCUAAAACUCAAGAAAACAGAAACUGUGCUCAGAAGAAAAACAGCAUUUCAGAAGACGUCCAACCACCAAAUUAUAAGGCUCUUUUCGCCAAUGGACCACCAGAUUACCACGAGGUUGCAUGUAUUCGUCAAACGACUGUUGCAUAGCUCUGAGAGAGCCUUGGAUACAACCUUAUUAACUGUUCCUCGUGCGAAAAUUAAGUAGAGCAAUAGUUUCAAAAUCGAUCGCUUUUUGCUAAGUAUUUCUUUUAAUUUUAACUCAAGGUAUUUAUUAGUUAUAUUUAUUUCCCUCGCAAUGUUUGUUUGCAUGGCAAAAUUCAUUUUAUAGACAUAUUAUUUAUGAUAACUAAAAUUUAUAGAAUUCUAAUUUUUAUAUUAAUAUGCGCUUGCUUACUUGACGUGACCCGUAAAGUAAUAGAAUUAUAGAUUAUUUAUAGAACGAGGGUUUGAAAUAACAUUAAAAAUGAUAUAAUAAGCCGUGCGAUAGGAGAUGCAGUUCGUUCGAAAAUAAAUUAAAGAAGAAUUCAACUAUAGUAUUGUUUUUGUAUUCGCUUAUGAAACACGCAUUUAGAAAUCUUA